CUGCGCUGUGUCCUUGUUAGCAAACGAGCUAGUUAGCUUCCAUAACAGGCGAGCGAAUAUGUAUCAUAUGGAAAUAUGAAUUACCGGUGCUUGAAGAUUGAAUUUGAGCGAUUUGUGUGAACCCGCUGUUGAUAACAGCACCAUGUUGCGUGUCGGGAGUAAAUCUGCCUGCAUGGCCUGCAGGAAUCUGGUCUCCACCAACAUGGGUGUGAGAUUUCGGGUACCACUGCAGAAGCUGCAUCCUUUAUCACGAGCCAUCCACCAUCGCUACUCUGGAAACACCAACCCGCAGCGACCCCCUCACCGCACGGCAGCCCGCUACUUUACCUCCAUGUCACGGUUGCCCAUGCGGCCGCCCAAGUCUCGGCCAGGGUCAGGGGGCCGUGGCCACCAGCAGCAGCGCAAUUUCUGGGUGGCCCAACUCGCUGCCCGACUGCUAAAGCUUCGAUACAUUCUGCUGGGAUCGGCAGUGGGAGGAGGGUACACCGCUAAAAAGACCUAUGAUGAGUGGAAGGACAUGCUGCCUGAUUUUAGCGAAUACAACUGGGUCAUACCGGAUUUUGUCUGGGAACUGAGUGAACAAAUAGAUCUUGAUAAACUGGCCAAAGCUCUACCAGAGAUAGAGGAAAUAGCCAAACUACUACCUGACCUCAACAAGAUAGGCGAGAACUUCACUUUCCUCAAAAGCUUCCUGUCCUCUGGUGUGAGUUUGGGUAGUGAAGUCAAAGGAGCUUCUGGUCUGCAUCUGUUGUUAGAAACUGCAGGCGAUCCUCCACUCAAAGCCACAGAUUCUUCGAAUGCAGCGACACAAGAUGGCAGCGACAAGCAAUACAAAAAGCAGGGUCUGCUUGGCGAGCUCAUUCUUAUUCAGCAGCAGAUCCAGCAGCACGAGGAGGAGGUCCGGAGGGCCGCAGCAGCCAAUAGUGCGCGCCCCCCGGCGCGUCCCCCGCCGCCAGAGCCUGCUCCCAGUCCGCCUCCGAACCCCAGUCCCCCUCAACAGAAACGCAAGUCAUCCGACAAAGAAAGGCUUGACCAGCUCCAAGAAGAACUGCUCCGUACACAGCUAAAAUAUCAGCGCAUGCUGGAAAGAGUGGAGAAGGAGAAUAAAGAGUUGAGGAAAGUGGUGCUGCAAAAAGAUGAUAAAGGGAUUCACCAAAGAAAAGUCAAGAAAUCCCUUAUCGACUUGUAUUCGGAAGUCCUGGACAUCUUGUCAGACUAUGAUGCAAACUACAACACCCAGGACCACCUACCCAGGGUGGUUGUGGUUGGGGAUCAGAGCGCUGGGAAGACUAGUGUGCUGGAGAUGAUAGCUCAGGCCAGGAUCUUCCCCAGGGGCUCAGGAGAGAUGAUGACCCGCUCUCCUGUCAAGGUAACACUCAGCGAAGGCCCCCACCACGUGGCCAUGUUUAAGGACAGUGGCCGUGAGUUUGACCUUGGCAAGGAGGAGGACCUCGCUGCUCUGAGGCAUGAGAUUGAGCUGAGGAUGAGGAAGAGUGUGAAAGAGGGACAGACCGUCAGCUGUGAGACAAUAUCCUUGAGUGUCAAAGGCCCCGGCAUCCAGAGGAUGGUUCUUGUUGACUUACCAGGAGUCAUCAGUACUGUGACUGCAGGCAUGGCGUCAGACACGAAGGAAACCAUCUUCAGCAUCAGCAGGGCUUACAUGCAGAACCCCAAUGCAAUCAUCCUCUGUAUUCAGGAUGGCAGUGUGGAUGCAGAGAGGAGCAUUGUAACAGACUUGGUUAGUCAGAUGGACCCCCAGGGGAAGAGGACCAUCUUUGUUCUGACCAAGGUGGACUUGGCUGAGAAAAACCUGGCCAGCCCAAACAGAAUCCAGCAAAUAGUGGAAGGAAAGCUGUUUCCCAUGAAGGCCCUGGGCUACUUUGCAGUUGUGACAGGAAAAGGGAGCAGUGGUGAAAGCAUAGACUCCAUUAAAGAAUAUGAGGAAGACUUUUUCCAGAACUCUAGAUUACUAAAGGAUGGCAUGCUGAAGGCCCACCAAGUGACAACAAAGAACUUGAGUCUGGCUGUCUCCGACUGCUUCUGGAAGAUGGUUAGGGAGUCUGUGGAGCAGCAAGCGGAUGUCUUCAAAGCAUCUCGCUUCAACCUGGAGACAGAGUGGAAGAACAACUACCCUCGCCUGAGAGAGCUGGACAGGAACGAACUCUUCGAAAAGGCCAAAAAUGAAAUCUUGGAUGAAGUCAUUAGUUUAAGUCAAGUGACCCCACAACACUGGGAGGCCAUCUUGCAGAAAAAGCUGUGGGAACGCGUUUCCACCCAUGUGAUUGAAAACAUCUACCUGCCUGCUGCUCAAACAACGGACUCUGGUACCUUUAACACCACCGUAGACAUCAAGCUCAAGCAGUGGACCGACAAGCAGCUUCCACACAAAGCACUGGAGGUUGCCUGGGAGACCCUGCAGGAAGAGUUUGCUCGCUUCAUGGCUGAAUACAAAGGCAAAGACCAGGACGACAUUUUUGACAAGUUGAAGGAGGCUGUGAAGGACGAAAGCAUCAAGAGGCACAAGUGGAAUGACAGGGCCAAGGACAGCCUGAGGGUGAUCCAGCACAAUGCCCUAGAAGACCGCUCCAUCACAGACAAGCCCCAGUGGGAUGCAGCCAUCCAGUUCAUGGAGGAAACCCUGCAGUCACGCCUCAAAGACACUGAUUCAGUCAUCAGAGAUAUGGUGGGUCCAGGCUGGAGGCAGAGGUGGCUGAGCUGGAUGAAUCGCACACCAGAUCAGCACAUUCGUAAUGAAACAAAAAAUGAGCUGGAGCGCUUGCUGAAGCUACACGAUGAGCACACAGCCUACUUGGCGAAUGACGAGGUCACCACAGUCAGGAAGAAUCUGGAGGGACGAGGGGUUGAAGUUGACCCUGUGCUGAUCAAGGACACGUGGCAUCAGCUGUAUCGUCGACACUUCUUGCAGAAGGCGCUGUCUCACUGUAACCUCUGCAAGAGAGGCUUCUACUACUACCAGAGGCACUUUGUCGACUCUGAGUUGGAGUGCAAUGAUGUGGUACUGUUCUGGAGGAUCCAGAGGAUGCUGGUCAUCACAGGCAACACUCUCCGACAGCAGCUCACCAACACUGAGGUGCGCCGGCUGGAGAAAAAUGUAAAGGAGGUGCUGGAUGACUUUGGGGAAGACAUGGAGAAGAAAACCCACCUCAUCACUGGCCGCCGAGUUCAGCUGGCCGAGGAUCUCAAGAAAGUUCGUGAGAUUCAGGAGAAGCUUGAAGCUUUCAUAGAAGCUCUUCACAAGGAAAAAUAAGACAACCAGAACUAUUGAAAGUAAAUAAAUGGAUAACAUCGGAGAAAUACACUGAAAAAAAGACAAAUCUGUAAAUGACCGUCAUCUCAUCCUGACCUUGGCCUCACCGCUCCUCAUCUGAUUUUAAUAUCCACAGCUUGGAUACCUGUCCCCCCUUUGAAACUGAUGAUGAAAAGAUGGACCUGAACUGAAGGACACAGUUUUCAAGCUUUAUCUUUUGGUUUUCCUUUCUUUUUUUCUUGCAAACUGUCCUGGGUAAAGAGGGGGGGGGGGGGCUUCUGCACAGGAGCCCAAUCACAGAGAGAUCACAAGGAAAAUGAGAAGCAUGCACGCCCUUAUCGGACAUCUCACUUCUCAUUUUCAUUAAAGGAGGAUUGUGUACAUGUUAAUCUCCCCAGUUAUGUUUUUCUUUUCCAGCUGAUGGUGUUUGUGAGAGUGUGUUCACUGAUGUCAGCUUUGGCGCUGUUCCUGAUUAGUGAAACUUAUAGCUUUUACCUCGCCUGGUACUUCUAAAAUACGCCACGACACACAAGAAUUUGCCUAUAUUUAACAUUAACCCGUUCCUUUUAGUUGCACUUGGCAUCCAAAGCACUUCAGUUAUCCCUCUGAGCAGCAGCUAAGCUCUACAUAUAUGCUCCAUGUACCGCUAAAGAGGAGCAGCAGAUGCCCUCACUUAAACUAUAAGAGUAGAAAGUAGCUGCCUACUUCAAUAUUCAGCUUCCUUCUCAUCAACGCUCCGCAUUGUAACUCCACAACAACUCACUCACUGACGGAAUAAGACCAGCUCUGAAGGUGUCUGAUACGAUAGCAUGUAUAGCUUUAUUUCUUUUCUUUUUUUGAUCGAAUGGGGUUUUAUUUGACUGGUGUGUAAAUAGGUCUGCCAAAUGCACACGCUGUCCUGGUCAUGCCAUCUUUUUGUUUCAGUAUUCGUCUAGUGUUUGUGAUGUUUGCACUUUCACCAUUGGACUUUAACAUUUCAUCCAUACUCUCCCCAUGUCGGAAUAAGGGAGCAUAUGUUUCCAAACGAAAGAAAAAUCGGACAUCCUCUUGAUAGAUUAACAAAUGUAAUCAAACACCAUUUCAGGAUGCUUAUAAAUUGUUUAGACACAUUAUUAAACUAGCAUGUACAUUUGAUUUGAUUUUGAAAAGCUAUGACGCUGUCAGUUCCACUUUAUGUCUCAACUUCAGACCUGGUUUUCGUCUUUAGCGCACUAAUGUCCAGUCCUUCUUGAUCAAAUGGUCUGGUCGCACAGGGGAAGGUGGGUUAUCCCAAUGUUUGCCAUCUGCACCAGCUGUGAUGGUUUGACAGAACAGUUAUGGCCAUGUACAUGUUUACAGCACAGGUGCACGGCCUUUCUGUGAUGAUAGUAUUAAGACCGUCGGCCUCUUGCUGCUUGGCUGGAGGGAUGAGAUCAAACACCUGAAAACCAAGGGAAUGAAAAUAUCCCUGUAAAUGAACAGAAGUUAUCCUCAAAAUUAAGAAAAAAAGUAAAUAUCUAACGUGCUUGGUGGGUAAUUUUAACCUGAAAGCGUCUCACUGAUUCUUCUCACUGUCCAGGGCUGCAUGUUUCUGCACUGCUCCCAAUGUUUUGCUUUUUACUCAUUCUUGUCUCGAACUCCUUAUUUCACAUCCACCACCAUCGUUUGGACUAUUCGGACUCUUUCAAUCUCCCAGAGACAUCCACUCGCUCUUCCCUUGCUUGAAAAACUGUCUGUUGUACCCAAAGUGGGGUUCUAGACUGCGUACAACCUAUUCACUCAUUCAUGUGUAUAUUGGUGUGUGUAUACAUGCAUACUGUACAUACAAACAAUAGAUGGUGCAUUCUGUACAGCUUAAGUUAACACAAAGUCAUGGAGCUGCUAUGAUGUACAGCACAUGUAUGCAGAGUGAACAACUUGUGUCACAAUAUCUGUGAGUUUGUUCAAAAAAAUGUUUUACGUUGUAGAAAGUAAUGUUUGCAUGGUAUACCCCAUCAGAUGUGCUUUAUUUAUUGCAUUUGUGUUUAAAAGAGAAAAAUAAAAUUGACAAAUAAAGAUGACCUUUUUCA